AUGAAUUCUCGUAUUGCUUUCCUUGUUUCUUCUACUCUUGUUAUUUGUCUGAUAACCACCACCAUUUCUGCUUUUGUUGGCGGUAAUGAGACCGAUUAUCAGGCGUUGUUGCAGUUGAAGUCGAUGAUCACCCAUGAUCCAUAUGAUGCUCUAAGCUCAUGGAACACUUCCUUUCAUUUCUGCGAUUGGAGUGGUGUUUCAUGUGGGAAGCAGAAUAAAAGAGUCACUGCUCUAGUACUGGUAUCACAAGGCCUAGAAGGCUCAUUGUCUCCUCAUGUAGGGAACCUCAGCUUCCUUGGUCACUUUUCUCUCUCAAACAACAGCUUUCAAGGAAGGAUCCCCCAUGAACUGGGUCGUCUUUCCAGGCUACGUUUCCUCUAUCUUGGAUCUAACAAAUUCAGCGGGGCCAUUCCAACCAACUUGUCUCGUUGUUCUAACAUUGAAAGGCUUGGCCUUUAUCAAAACAAGCUAGUUGGAAGCAUACCCAAAGAGAUGAGUUUCCUGACAAAACUUGCUCAUAUUCAAAUCGAUGCUAAUAAUUUAACAGGUGGAAUCCCGCCUGACUUGGGGAAUAUAACAUCAAUGGAAGAGUUCACUGCUUCUGGCAAUCCGUUGGGUGGUAGCAUUCCAGACACCUUAGGCCGUUGGAGAAGCUUAACAAGUUUUUACCUUGGUGGCUGUAACUUAUCUGGAACCAUCCCUCAUUCCAUUUUUAACCUCUCACUCCUCACUAAUUUUACCUUGGCUGAGAAUCAGCUUACCGGUAGUCUUCCUCCAGCCGUAGGUGAAAUGCUUCCGAAUCUUGAGCGCCUUCAAUUACGGCAAAACCAACUGACCGGACCUCUUCCACCCUCGCUAUCUAACUGUUCCAAAUUUCGAAUUCUUGAAGUGAACUUCAACAGUUUUAGUGGGAAGUUGACAAUCGAUUUUGCAAAACUAAAAUAUAUCAAUUAUUUACUCUUAGGUAAAAACACCUUUGGAUUCGGAGAAGCUGAUGAUAUGAAGUUUUUUGAUUCUUUGAAAAACUGCAGCAGAUUAACGUUGUUGUAUCUUAAUGAUUGCCAGUUUCAAGGAGUGUUGCCCACAUCAAUUGGUAAUCUUUCCGAUCAACUCUCUCUCCUACUUUUAGGAGAAAAUCAUUUCUAUGGAAACCUUCCUUCCGCUAUAGGUAAUCUAGUUGGCUUGACCCUUUUAUCUUUACGAGAUAACCGAUUCACAGGAAAAAUCCCCUCCACCAUUGGUAAGCUUCAAAACCUGCAAGUUGCUUAUCUAUCUAACAACCAAUUUUCAGGGCCAAUUCCAGAUGACAUCGGGAACUUAUCAUUGUUAACUAAACUUUGGUUACAAUCCAACAGAUUGGAAUAUAUUCCAUCAAGUAUGGGAAAUUGCCAUAAUCUAUUGGAGUUGCGCCUUGCUGACAAUCAACUCAGCGGGAGAAUACCUAAACAACUUGUUCAACUUUCAUCUCUGACCAUUAUGUUAAAUCUUUCUCAAAACAACUUGUUUGGGUCACUUCCCGCGGAGGUUGGCGAACUCAAGAUGUUGACUUCUUUGGAUUUAUCACAGAAUAACUUAUCAGGUAACAUUCCUAGUAGCCUUGCUGGUUGCACUAGCCUUUCAUUUCUAUCCCUCAGAGCCAACUUAUUUCAAGGAAUGGUUCCACAGUCAUUAAGUUUCAUGAGAGGAGUUAUAACAUUGGAUCUCUCUCAGAAUAAUUUAUCAGGCCAAAUUCCUGGAUUCUUGGAACGGCUGGUCUUACUAGAAUAUGUAAACCUAUCCUUUAAUGAUUUGGAGGGUGAAGUACCGGUGCUAGGAGUGUUUGCCAAUGCAAGUGCAUUCUCUGUUUUGGGGAAUACCAGGCUUUGUGGUGGCUUGCCUGAACUUGGGCUGCCCAAAUGCAAUGAGACUCGUGAUAAACAUAAAAAAAGGAAGAGUCAACCAUCUCAAUUGUCAAGGAACGAACAGUUCAUGAAAGUAUCAUAUGCUCAACUUCUAAAGGCUACCAACGGCUUCUCCCAAGCCAAUUUGAUUGGCGAAGGUGGGUUCAGCUCUGUUUACAAAGGAAUCCUUGAUGAUCAUGAUGAUAGAUGUGUUGUUGUCAAAGUUAUACAUCUUCAAAACCGAGGUGCUCACAGAAGCUUUACAGCGGAGUGUGAAGUGUGGCGGAGUAUUCGACACCGGAAUCUGUUGAAGAUAAUAACUUCAUGUUCAAGUCUUGACUUUCAAGGCAAUGAUUUCAAAGCUUUGGUAUAUGAGUUCAUGCCCAAUGGGAGUUUACAUGACUGGUUGCAUUCAAAUGUAACUAAAACUAAACUGAACCUUCUUCAAAGAAUAAAUAUUCUCAUCGAUGUUGCAUCUGCCCUUGAUUAUCUUCACAAUCACUGUCUACCAGCCAUCAUUCACUGUGACCUGAAGCCUAGCAACAUUCUGUUGGAUGAUGAUAUGGUGGCCCAUGUUGGAGACUUUGGCUUAGCUCGAUUUCUUGGAGCAAAUUCAAACAAAAACAGUACAAGUAGCAUUAGAGGAACAAUUGGAUAUGCACCUCCAGAGUAUGGUGUUGGGAGCAAGAUGACAAGUAGUGGAGAUGUCUACAGUUUCGGAAUAUUAUUGUUGGAGGUGAUGACAGGGAAGAGGCCAACAGACAACAUCUUUAUUGAAGGCCUUACCCUUCAUAGAUUUGCAUACAUGGCCUUGCCAGAUCAUGUAACUGAUGUUCUUGAUGAUGAUCUUCUGAAUUUUCUUCAAGAGGAUGCAAUUCCUACAAUAGCAGCAGAUGUAAAGAAAAUAGAGGAAUGCAUGGCUUCAACUGUCAAACUUGGAGUAUCAUGCUCUGUGGAUUCCCCAGCGCAACGGAUGAAUAUCGUAAAUGUUGUCCAUGAGUUGCAGCAUAUUCUGGAUACACUUCAAAAUAGUUGAGGUGUCUUGUUGGUCGAUAUUUUGGGUGUUAAUUGUUAAAUAUGGAUGUAUUUGAGUAUCUGAUGAAUCUUGUAUUUUGUUGAAAUAAGUUGUGAAAUAAAUGG